GACCCCCGAUCCGAUCCCCGCUGAGGUGCAAGGGACCAUUCCCCACUGGAUCAAUGGCAGCCUGCUCCGAAACGGCCCGGCAAAGUUUGAGUUUGGAGACACUCAGUGAGUUGAAUCCAACCCCACUGAAAAACAUCUGCGUGUCGGGCAGGAUUUACACUGCAGGUCCGAGUGCCCAAUUCUGCAGACACCCGAAUCGCACGUAAAUAAUCUCUACAAGCGUCAGUGCUGGACAGUUGACAGCAAGAAAGUAAAUGAUGUUAGCCUUCAUCAAUAAAACGUUCAGUUGGCUUGGGCUAACUCCCUAAAGCAGGAGUGCCCGAGUCAGAUCCUUGAGAACAGAAGCCACUGAUAAAAAUCCUGAUCAUUUGAAUCAGGUAUGUCGGAGGAGGGAGACAUCUAAAACAGGCUGGACAAGGGUGUUCUUGAGGAUCUGAAGGUAUCAAAUUCCAGAAUAGAUGCAGAAUUGUCUCUUUAACGAUGCAGUCUACAACCAUUGGUUUGAUGGGAUGGCCAUGCUCCACAAGUUCAAGAUGGAGAAAGGCCAGGUGACGUACAUGAGUCGCUUCCUGCGCAGUGACGCCUACAAGAAAAAUAGCGAGCGGGACCGAAUCAUGGUGUCUGAAUUUGGUACCGUGGCAAUGCCCGACCCUUGUCAAAACAUCUUCCAGAGAUUCUUCUCUCACUUUGAGAUCAUAAAGCCCACAGACAAUGGCAACGUCAACUUGAUGAAAUACAAAGGGGACUACUACGUCAGCACAGAGAGCAACUUCAUGCACAGAGUGAACCCGGAGAGCUUAGAAACACUGGAACAGGUUGACUGGAGCACAUUUGUUGCCGUGAAUGGAACCACCGCGCACCCUCACCACGACCCCGACGGCACCUGCUUCAAUAUGGGCAACUCCUACGGAGGCAAAGGAAGCAUGUACAAUAUCAUCCGUGUACCUCCUGAGAAGUUCAAUGCUGAAGACACACUGCAAGGUGCUAAAAUUCUCUGUUCCAUUGCGCCCGCAAACUUUUCCCAACCCUCCUACUACCACAGCUUUGCCAUGUCGGAAAACUAUGUGGUGUUCAUUGAGCAGCCGAGUAAAAUAGACCUGAUCAAGUUAGUCACGUGUAAGAUGAGGGGCAAGGCGUUCUGCGAAGUCAUUUAUUGGGACCCCAAUCUGGAAACUAUCCUGCAUCUCAUCGACAAGCGUACGGGCAAGGCCAGUCCAGUGAGGUACUACACCAAAGCUUUCUUCAACUUCCAUCAGAUCAACGCCUUUGAAGAGGAUGGAUUCUUCAUGCUAGACCUGUGUUGCUAUGGCGACGGCCAAGCCCUGGACAUCUACUACCUUCAGAAUUUACGCAAGUCGGGAGAAGCACUAGAUGAGGUGUAUAACAGCACGAGCCGAGCUUUUCCUCGCCGCUUUGUUUUACCCCUUCACGUGACCGAUGACACGCCAACUGACCAAAACCUGAACACUCGUCCUUCCAGUACAGCAACGUGUGUUAAAAAAAGCAACACCAAGGUGUUCUGCCAACAUGAGGAUCUCCAUGGCGAUGACCUUUACAAGUACGGUGGCCUGGAGUUCCCCCACAUCAACUACGAGCGAUACAACACGCGACCUUAUCGGUAUUUCUACGGCUGCGGCUUCAGACACAUUUUUGGAGACUCGCUUCUCAAGGUGGACCUCAACGACAAAACGCUUAAGGUGUGGCAUCAGAAGGGUCUCUUCCCAUCGGAACCGGUGUUUGUACCCUCACCGGAUGCCACGGAGGAGGACCAUGGCGUCAUCCUCUCCGUGGUUCUCUGCCCCUCGCAGGAUAAAGCCACAUUCCUCCUGGUUUUGAAUGCCAAGACGUUUGAAGAGUUGGGAAGAGCCAAAGUACCUGUCAACAUGCCCUAUGGCCUCCACGGUGUCUUCAAUGCAUCUGCUUGAAUGAAUUUGUUAGAGGUUUCAUCAAAAAUAAAACUAAAAAAAAAAAUCUAAAUCCAAAAACAU